AUGAAUGAGAAGAACGCGCCCCGCGAGAGACGUCGCCCGCGCCCGCGCCCGGGAGCCAAUGGGAGCGCCGCGAGGCCGACCGAGCCGGGGCUGAGGGGAAGGGGGGACCGCGGAGGGGCGGAGGUGAGGCCCUACCCCUCGCCGGGCUCCGCGGGCCCCGAAACGGGCGGCCGCAGGGUCCGGGAGCCGCGGCCUCCGGGGCGCGGGGCCGGUUGGUGCCCGGCCGCCCGGGCGCGGAGCCGCCGCCCCUUCCGCCCCCGGCCCACGAUUCUCGGCUCCGGCGGGCCCUGCGCGCGGUGGGUUCCGUGGUUUGUGGCCCAGGGGCUGGGCAGCUCCGGCCGCUGCCCGGAGCUCGGUCCUGUUCCCCUUCCGCGGCUCCGCGGCUCAGGCCCCUCGCCCUGCGCUCCGCUGGUCCUUAGGUUGGCCAGAGCCUCGUCCUGUGGCUACCUGUUCUUUCUCCCCUCCGACUGCCGCUUCUCCCUACCCCCACCAGCCAGGUGCUCCAUGCCGUCAGUACUUUGUACUUUUUAUAAGUGGAGCUUGACUGUGUUGGACGAUAUUUUAUCUCCAGGAGUCUGUUCCUGGGGAGGAGUAAAGCUCCUCAGUUGGCCCAAUGAAACCGCUGAAAUGACAAACAAGAAAGUGACUAAAGUUAUUAGAAGGAGUCGGGAGAAUCAGAUACAUGUUACAUUGCCUUUCUUGUCGUCUUGGAUUAACUUCCUGGUUAUUGCCAUCGGGUCCGGGAUAAUCUUAGGUGUGGAUCUCCAUCCUUUUAUCCCAGUGUGCGCCUGCUUGCUAUCAGAUCUCUCUGGUGGUCAUCACACAGAAAUUCACCUAACGUUGGUAAAGGACUGUAUCCCACUUGAACUCUACAUUCAGGAAGCCCACGAUUGAAGACAAAAGAUCAGAGACAUUGACCAACCUGGAAACAGGGACAUCUUUGGAACUUUACUUACCUACAGUAAUGUUUUAAACUGUUAUCAGCUGAACCUGACUCCAUCUUAUUCUGCUUAUUGGAAAGGACAUGGCUUCAAGGAUUUUAAAUUUCCUUUUGGUUUUUCAUGAACUCUAUGGGAAAUGGAGUCCUUAAAGGACUUGGGAAUAACAAGAAGAGAUUGAAACGGACAGUACUGCUGUCUGUUUUUUCUCCCCCUUCAAAGAAAAGGAUUUACAACUCAACUCGGAACAGCUGUUGUCCAACUUUGGCCAUCAAGGAGAAAUAAAUAAAAUUAAAUCACCAUUGCCAGAUGACUAGCCCUGGUGAAGUCAAGGUGUGAGAGUGGUGGCAUUGAGAAGGCUGCCGAAAAGCGACAAGGACUGUAGUUUAAAAAACAAAAUCGGCUUCUUUUUAAAGCUGGAAGAGACCCCACGUUCCUUCUUGGAUUAAGCUAGAAACCCAGGGCACACCUUUUAGGUGCUGCUCAUAUUUUUGGAAGUGUGCUGUUGUGGAGGGCCUUUCCCUGACACUCUUCUCCAUUUGAAGACCUGCCUUCAUCCAUGAGCUAUACCUUGCUCUGCCUGACUCUCCAUGCUUUCCACCCGCAACUGUUUGCAAGCGUGCAGCCUAUUUGUCUGCAAGUUUUAAAUUGUACAAGUUGUAUUUCUUAAUCUCCUUUUCUACUUUGUUCUGCGGAGGUGGUUGUUAAUCAAUUGAAAUCACCUUUCCCCCUCCCAUGUGCUUUCCUUCAU